AUGGGAAAUUCACAUUCGCAUCCACAUUCACAUCAUCAAGACUCGACAAAAGGGGAUUCCAAAACUCGAAAUCGAAACAAGCGAACUUCAAGGAUGAAUUCCGAACGCUCAAACAAUACCACCUCCACAUACAACUCUACAUCCACCUCCUCAUCAACCUCAGCCUCAGUACCCCAACCACGCUCACAAUCAACUCAAACAUAUCCAUCUCCACCACCACACAAAAACCCCAACCCCAAUCGACAUUCGCGCUCCCUGAACACUUCCACUCGCACUCGCACUUCGAUGCAAAUGCCAGAACCGGAAGAAGCGCGAGCACCGAGAGCGCCGAUUAGGAUAGGAUAUCCUUAUUAUGAGGAAGUGACGAUGUUUGCAGAGAAGGAGAAUGGUGGGAAGGGUGGGAAGAAGCGUAAGAGGAAUAGUUUGAGACGGUCGAUGAGGGGGUCGUGGUUUGAGGGGUUGGUGUGA